AUGGUUGCCUUCCAGUACUCUGUGCUUGCUAUCCUAGCGCUCCGCGUCGUCUCUGUCUUCGCCCAGGGCGAAUCUCCCCUCGACGAUGAUGCUGGCAGCCCCCCAGCCGCCGAAUUGAUGGCCGAAGUCGUUGCUACCUUCCCUGAUGCAGACAUUUUCGGUGUCAAGUUGGUCAACGGUCGCCCUACGAAGGCAGUUGUGGAUAUCACGAACCAUGAGGCGGACCCGAUCCAGGUUGAAUUUAUGGGCGGAUCGCUGUACACUCUGCAGGACAUCCCUGAGAGCGCUCACCCUUCGAGCGCCAUUGUCCGAAACCUGAGCACCAUCCGUUACGAGGCCACAAUUCCCGCUGGAGAGAAGCAGUCGCUUCCUUACUCCUUCGUACUCGACAUGCAGCCCCAAGACCUCCGUCUACAGAUGAUUGCCGUCAUCACCAACGGCGCCAACCAGAUAUUCCAGAUCCAGGUUUCCAACCAGACUGUCAGCGUUGUUGAGGCUCCUACCAGCGUCUUUGACCCCCAGAUCAUCUUCCUGUACCUCUUCCUCUCUACCGUCUUUGCCGCCACCUGUUACUUUGUAUACAAGACCUACAUCGAGGCCUUCUUCCCCCAGGCCAAGAAGCCUAAGACUGUCAAGAAGGUCAAGACCGUCGAGAAGGAGCCCCUGUCGGGAGGUGAGGGCUCAGCUACCGGUGCUGACAAGGGCUACGAUGAGAGCUGGAUUCCCAUGGAUCACAUCAACCGCCCGACCGCCAAGCGUGUCAAGAGUGGCGCUAGCGCCAAGUCGAAGAAGAUUGUUGAGUAG